GUUGACUUCUGGCACCCGGAAACAAAGAGGACUGCUGGCAAACAACAUGACAUAACUGGAGCUGGUGAUAUGUAACUGCACGCCUCCUUCAUCAUUAUGCCUGUAAAAAGUGCAGAGCAACAGGGGUCCUCCUCUCUCUCAAGCCCAGCUAGUGCUGCCCUCACCCCAGGAGGGUCCGAGGAGGAUGGAGCUACAAUGGGCUCAGCGUUGUGCACUUUUCCUGAAAACAACCAGGGCUCUGAGACAGCUGCAGCCUAUCCUGUCAGUUCAGGACCUGGAGAUAACAGCAAUGACAAAAGGUCUGGACCCUUGCUGCAGAUUGACCGACAGCGUAUCCAGGCAGCGUCUGCCAGUUCAGGAGCUGAUGAACUCCAGGACCUCGGUGUGGCUGUGUAUGACCAGGAUGUGCUCGAGCAAGGUGUUCUUCAGCAAGUAGAUGAGGCAAUCCAGGAAGCGAGUCAGGCUGCUGCUAAAGCUGAGGCUGAGAAGCAGUACGAGGCAGUGCUGGAUGAUCUCAGAUCAGUUACAGCAUCUCUGAAGCAAAUCAACAAGAUUAUUGAGCAGCUGUCUCCCUACGCAGCAUCCAGCAAAGACAUCAGUAGGAAGAUUGAAUCUGUCAAACGACAGAAAGAAAAUAAGGAGAAACAGUUGAAAAAAGUCAGAGCCAAACAGAGGCGACUUCAAGCCAUUCUAGGAGGAGAGGACACUCAGAGAGUGGAAGCUGAGCUUUUGGCAGAAAAUGGUGAAGAGGAAGAACCAGGACCAUCCACACUGGGCAGCAUGCUCAUGCCAGCUCAGGAGACUGAAUGGGAGGAGCUUAUCCGAAAGGGUCACAUGACUCCAUUUGGAACCCGAAUACAACAGAAAGAAGUGAAGAAAGAGCCACGGAAAUUGAUGCUGGCUGAGAACUCUGCCUUUGACCAGUACUUGGCAGACCAGGCCAAGUUGGCUACUGAGAGAAAGAAAGUACCAUAUCUGAAGAAGAAGAGAAGCUCUAUACCUGGCUCUAAUGAUGGGGGGAGAAGUAAAACUGGAAAAACAUACUCAUCCAAGGAUAAAAAGCUGAAGAAGCGCAUGAGAAAGCUGCAGAUAAUUGCUCUUAAGGCCCAUCCUAAGGCUCGACCCAAGGCUGACCAACAACUCCCUAAGCCAAGAAGAAAGCCACACAAUGAGGGAGAGGAAACAGACAGCGAGGGGUCAGAGUACUUGCCCAGUGAUGAAGGAAUAGAUCUUGACCAGGAGGAGAGAGAAGCCAUGGAAGAGGGCUUUGGAGAGGAUGUUGAUGAUGAGUAUGAAUUGAAACCAUACAAGAGAAAACCUAAGGGAAAAGGCAGGAAGAAGGUAAAGAGCAAAGACAGUGAGGAUGAAUACUAUCCUGAGAGUUCAGAUGAAGAGGAUGAAGAUGAGGGUAAAGUUCAAAAAUACAAAGACGAUGGGGAUUUGGAGCACUACAGGCAGCGACUAAGGAGAUGGAAGCGGCAGCGUCUCCGAGAACGGGAGGAGAAAAGAGAAAGAGGUGAAGAGCUUUCAGAUGACAGCGAUGCUGAAUUCGAUGAAGGGUUCAAAGUUCCUGGUUUCCUCUGGAAAAAACUUUACAAGUACCAGCAGACGGGUGUCCGGUGGCUGUGGGAACUCCACUGUCAGCAGGCAGGCGGCAUCCUGGGAGAUGAGAUGGGACUGGGCAAAACUAUCCAGGUCAUCAGCUUUCUGGCUGGACUUAGCUACAGCAAACUGAGGACAAGAGGGUCCAACUACAGAUACGCUGGUUUGGGUCCAACAGUCAUUGUCUGUCCUGCUACUGUUAUGCAUCAGUGGGUGAAAGAGUUUCAUUCCUGGUGGCCUCUUUUCAGAGUGGCAGUUCUACAUGAAACUGGCUCCUUUACCAGCAAUAAGGAAAAGCUUAUUCCAGAAAUAGCAUCAUGUCAUGGUAUCUUGAUCACCUCUUACUCAGCUGUAAGAAAUUUACAGGACAUCUUGCAGCGUUAUGACUGGCACUACAUAAUACUUGAUGAGGGCCAUAAAAUCAGGAAUCCAAAUGCUGGAAUCACUACUGCUUGCAAACAGUUUCGCACUCCUCACCGGUUCAUCCUGUCAGGCUCACCUAUGCAAAACAACCUGAAGGAAUUGUGGUCUCUGUUUGACUUUGUCUUUCCUGGCAAACUGGGGACAUUGCCUGUCUUCAUGGAGCAGUUCUCAGUACCAAUUACCAUGGGAGGAUACAGCAAUGCCUCCCCUGUACAGGUCCAGACAGCGUUUAAAUGCGCAUGUGUGCUGAGGGACACCAUAAAUCCUUACCUGCUCAGAAGAAUGAAGGCAGAUGUCAAGGCCAACCUCUCCCUGCCUGACAAAAAUGAACAGGUUCUGUUCUGCAGAUUAACAGAGGAACAGCGGCAAGUGUAUCAGAGCUUUUUAGAUUCCAAAGAGGUCUACCAAAUACUCAAUGGUGAUAUGCAGGUGUUUUCAGGAUUGAUUGCCCUGCGUAAGAUCUGUAACCACCCGGACCUUUUCUCAGGUGGACCGCGGAUACUAAGGGGAAUCCCAGAGGACCAACUAACUGAGGAGGAACAGUUUGGCUUUUGGAAACGCUCAGGCAAACUGAUAGUGGUGGAGUCACUGCUGCGUCUUUGGAACAAACAGGGCCACAGAGUCCUGCUCUUCACUCAGUCUAGACAGAUGCUGGAUAUCUUGGAGGUGUUUGCAAUGAAGAAUAACUACUCAUACCUGAAAAUGGAUGGUACGACCGCAAUAGCUUCUCGACAGCCGCUCAUCAACCGCUACAACGAGGACAAAUCCAUUUUUAUCUUCUUGUUGACCACUAAAGUUGGAGGCCUGGGAGUCAAUCUGACUGGAGCCAACAGAGUCAUAAUUUACGAUCCAGACUGGAACCCCAGCACUGACACACAGGCCCGGGAAAGAGCAUGGAGAAUAGGCCAAAAGCAGCAAGUAACAAUCUAUAGAUUGCUGACUGCAGGGACCAUCGAAGAGAAAAUCUAUCACAGGCAAAUCUUCAAACAGUUUCUUACCAAUCGUGUUCUAAAGGAUCCCAAACAAAGACGGUUCUUCAAGUCAAAUGACAUAUAUGAGCUCUUCACUCUGGCUGACCCUGAUGGAUCUCAGGGAACAGAAACCAGCGCCAUAUUUGCAGGGACGGGCUCUGAUGUGAAAGCACCCAAGAAACCUGGGAGGCCAAGGCCAUCACAUGUGGUAAACCAUGGCAGGAAAGCACAAAAACACUCCUCAACAAACCAGCUUGAAACAGGACCAACAGCCAUUCCUGCAUUAAAAGAUUGCAACAUCUCUCCCUGCAGUCAAAACUCUCAGGGUACAUCAAAUGGUGCGGAAGCAGAGCAAAAUCUUCCAGCAAAUACACUGCCAUCAGGGCAGAAUAACAGAGACACUGACUCAUUCAAGCCAGCAAUCAACAACUCAACCUCACCCAGCUAUCAUCAAAGCAGAGGCACUGCCUUGAUGAGCCCACAGAAACACAAGGAAAAAAGAAAACACUGUGACUCUGCUGAAAUGAACCAAAAGCAUAAAAAACGCAAACACUCCCGGGAUGCUCGAUUUGAAGGUCAUAGGAUUUCUCAUUUGGUAAAGAAAAGGAGUUAUAAGAAGACAGAAGGGGAAGAUAAUACAGCCGAAGAUCAGAAAAAGUCAGAUGAUUAUGUCUUGGCAAAGCUCUUCAAGAAAUCUGGUAUCCACAGUGUCAUGCAGCAUGACACCAUCAUGGAGUCAUCCAAUCCUGACUAUGUUCUUGUGGAAGCAGAAGCAAACAGGGUGGCUCAAGAUGCCCUUAAAGCACUUAAAAUCUCUCGGCAGCAGUGCAGACUGCCCUAUAACAGACCUACUCCUGCAAGGAAACGAUUUGGACAAAAGAAAAACUCUCUCUUAGUUGCACCAUCUGUACAAUCUGCCCCCACUCCAGCCAAAUGCAAGGAUGCUGCUGUUAUAAAGAAGUCAUCAAAGAAACCUGGUGCAGGAGCUCAUUUCAGUGGAGAAGGGGCAGGUAACGACUCAAACUCUGCCCCACUCUCAUCAUCCUCUCUAUUGGCCAAGAUGAAAGCCCGGAAUCACAUCAGCAAACCCUCCAGCCAUAGACAAGAUGAAGAAGAGGAGGAGGAUAGUUCAACUCCAGAGACCAGCUCUCCCCCUGCUCCACCCACUGAGCAUGACGAGCUCUUAGUGGAUCUGCGCAACUUCAUAGCCUUCCAGGCUAGCGUGGACGGGCAAGCCACCACCCAGGAAGUGCUUGAAUAUUUCAAACCAAGACUGACUCAGAAACAGGCCCCUGUCUUCAGAGAGCUACUCAGGAGCAUCUGCGACUUUCAUAGGACUUCUGGUCAGGAGGGCAUCUGGAGACUAAAGGAGCACUUUCGCUAACAGAAGCGUCAAUGAAAGCAAAUGAAAGACAACUGUGAUUCAUACUUGGUUUACAUGUGAGAUAUGAUACUCAAUAUCAAUGUCUUUUCUUUUGGUAAUGUGUCAUUGUUUAUAUUCUGUCAUGCUGGAUUGUCUUAACGCACAUGAAAUAUUUUUUUGUUAACAUUUCAGUGUUUAAGAUCAGUUUCUUAAGGACCAUAUUUAAUUGAAGCCAUUUUGCAACACAAACAUUUUUAGAUUCUCAGUUAAUUUUUUGGUUAACUGUCUUAAAGGAAAAUUGUUUUCCACUGUCUUGUAUUUUAACUGUAAAGCGAAUUCAUUUGAGAUUUUUGCUUAAAUAUUUAAGCAUGUUUCAACAUAUUUUUUCAUUGUUAUUAUUAGUUGGUUAUACUUGAAUUAAGUUGAUUUUAUUUGCCUUAAAGUUUAAACUGUAUUACCUCACGUAAAGACAAGUUCACUGUUGGAUGUUUUACUUUUAGAACGUGCUUAAACAGCUACACUUAUUUAAGAGGGUAGUAAAUGGUGUGCCAUUUGUAAAUAAUUCAUCAUACAGUAGAUACAGUUUGAUUUUGUAAUUACUUGAGCUUUCAGUGCAGGAUGGUUGGGGUAUAGGCACUGGGUUUUAUAUCAAAAGAAUGUGGAGGGGACAAAGGUUAUCAGGACACUGUUGUAUAUAAAAAUAAAUGCAAUGUAUUUUCUUGCAUAUAUUUUAUGCAAUAAACUGACAUAUUUUU